UGCAGUACUUUCAAUUUCGGAAGUUGGAAGCGCGGGUAAGGUUAGCUCUGAAAUCCGUCUGCUUGGUGGAAUUCCACCUGUUGAGCAAAUAGGCCAAUCAGCGCUUGUGGCAUUAACCGACGCGUGCGCAUCGUUUCAUUUACCAUUUGAAUUCGCAAUUGUCAACCGCUCGGCGCCAUCCAACAGUCUGUUCUUGUCGCCUUUACAGUGUGGACGUUGUGUCCGAUGAAAUGUUAGAAGUUUGAAUCGCGAAGUGAGAGCUGUGACAAAAAAUGCCUAAAAAGUCGUCACUGAGUAGACUGUCGGCUAAUCCUGUACGGGUAUCUUUAAUCGAUCAAGAUGAUCGUAGACGUACACAAACGUUGAAAUCCAGAACAGGAUCGACGUCUGAAGAGACGCUUAUUCCUCGUCCACGAAUCAGAUCCUCAUCGGCCGAUAGCAGAAAAUCAAGCCUCAAACCACCGGCGAGAGUGCAACAUUCUCAAUAUGGGUCCUGUACACCAACACCGGGCACUGUUACUCCAGGUAACAUUCAAAGUGCUACUUCUUCACGUCAUCUUUUGCCGCCUUCAGGAAGUUCUCUGCGAGCAAGAUCGCCAUCGGCUGAACGAGCGAGUAACAUUGGUGCAAGAUCAUCACGCAAAGACAACAGACCUCUGGGAGAAAAAUCGUUUCAAGCAGAGAUGCUUCAGAAAAUUGACUCCUACCUCAAAUCGGUUCAACAGUCAAAUCUAGUCAACAGCACUGGUAGUCUGAGACCAAUAACUCUCAAGAUGUUUGUGGAAGUUUCGGAUCUGUUAGUAAAAUUAUUGGACGUUAAACAGGGACUAACACUUGUUAAUUAUGUUGAGGAAUUGCCAAAAAUUGCCAAAAAACUUCAUUAUCCAGGUCCUAUCAAUAAAUCCUGGCUUAAGACUGCUAAUGCCAUGCAUUCCUGGCCACACGUUUUAGGCUGGCUCUCUUGGCUGGCUGAGACUUGUACCAUCAAGGAUUUGGCCUUUGAACAUUUUCAGCUGGAAACCUUACCUCUCAUGGAGGGCGAAAACUCUGGAGAUUUGAAUCGACUGAAGUUUCAAUUCUUGUUAGAUGCCUACAAAGCCUGGAAUGAAGAAAAACCAAAUGAAGAAGCCGCACUCACUGAUAAUUAUUUAAAGAAAGUUGCUUCCUUACAAGGCGUUAAUGAGACAGAUAUUUCCAAUGCCACAGUGGAGCUUGAAAAUGAAACAAAGAGAUUGGAUGAUGUAAAGGAAAUAAGCCAGGUAUUAGAUAAUGAACUUAAAGAGAUUGAAGAAUCCUUACGGUCAGCAAAAAGUCAAGAAAUCAAGCAGGAUGCUUACAUGAAAGAACUGAAAGACAUGGAGAAGAAACAUUUAACUGAGACUGAGCGCCUUAAGAAGGUGGUGCAGUACCUGCAGUCAAUAAUGCAGCAGCAAAAACUGAGACAGGAAGAACUGAAGGCACAGAUUGAAUCACAACCAAUGUCAGUGAUUGAAAGAGAUGAAAUAGUUGAGAGUUGUGCAGCUAUGUCAAACCAAAUGCGUGAACUGAACAAGCAUUUGGAAGACCUUGAAAAGGAAAUUUACACACUGGAUCUGAAGCUCGGUGCAGCCAGAAAUACUGUUAACAAGGCUGUAUUUGCAUAUAACAAAGACAUUUAUCUACAUCUAGAUAAAGAAGCAGACAUUGAUUUGUAUGACAUAGAAAUGCCUGUCACAGGUAUCAUUAACCGGAAUAUUAUGGAUGAGCUUCAUAAAAAAGCACACUUGAUGGCUGCCUAUUAUGAAAAUAUGGAAAAGCGUAUCAAAAACAUUAAAACCACAAUGGAAUCUGAUCAACAGCAGCUGGAUUCUCUGGAAGGGCAGUUGACGGCGCUUGAAAUGAAGAAACAGGAUCUACUUUCUAAAGCUUGUGAGAACAAAGAUCGUAUCAAGAAAAUACAAGCUGCCGCUAAGGCAGAGGAGAUCGAAUUGAAAGAAUCAAUUGAAAAUCUGAAACAUCUUGUUACAAACGUACGUGAAAAAAUUCCGGAUCUUGAACAAGAAGAAAAGGAAUUAUUAGAAGCUAAAGAAAAAUUGGAAGCUGUCCGCAGAAGAAAAGUAUACUUAGAAGAGUCCGCUGAAUUAUUUUUUCGCGAGUUUUUCGAGAUUCUUACCAAUCACAGAACCAAGUUGGCACAAGUAUUAGGAGAGAAGCCAUAAUUUCUGCAAUAAAGUAGUUAACAAAGACAACGGUGACUACUGAAUAUUUUUUCGAUUGAACAUGUAUUCCAAAUUUCUCACACCUACCGAGUCUAGUGAGUGUAACUGAUAAAAUAUUGAGGUAUUUGCUAAGUAUUAAGACUUUGAGAUAUUUGAGGAUAUUGAUAUGAAGAAUUAUAAGCGUCUAUCGUUUCAAAUUUAUUGGGAUUUUCUAUGAAAAUUCAAGUACAUGUACAGAUUUUGGAUAGACUCAAUUUGUCCAUCUUUUAGACAACUUGCCGAUGAAAUAAUAUUAAUACGUUGAGGUGGUGAAACAAAUGCCAUUUCCUAGGAAAACAAAGUUAUGUUGAAGAAUCACAUUAUUCACUUAACAGUUAUAACAUUAUUUGAGUUGGACUAACAAAAAUAUAACUUUUAUUAUCACUCAUUGUAAUCCUUCGUUUACAUAAUUAAAAUACUUUGCAAUUACGUAUGGACAUAGGAAUAUAUAGAUGUAUAUAUAUCUUUAUAUUACAUGUAUAUAUACAUAUAUAUAGAUAUAUAGAUCUACCUUUGUACCUUAUUACUAAAGUUUAGGAUACAAACAGUCAAUACGUAUGGUGUCCACGUUUUAUACAUCGCAGUAUUGAAUAUGCCAUAGCAAAUACAACACGGGUUAUAGAGGUGUUCUGAAUUUCUAAAUACGAUCUUGGCAAUUAGGUGACUUGGAUCAAAUAAAAACUUACAGAUUUAAAAAGAAA